CCGCUACGGAACGCUUGAGGAAAAAUGUAGAAGAUCAGUUAAAAGAUGCGUUUCAGAAGUUGAUGGCCGACGAAAAGGAUUCCGAGAAUGAAAGUGAAGAUAAUGAAGGCGAUGAUGAAAUUGGUUGGCACAAAACCAGCAAAUCUAAAAACAUUGAGAACGAUACAACAGAUUACGAAGAGACUAUGGCCGAAGACAGUAUUUCAAAAAGUCAUGGAAAAGACGACGUUACAAAUAAUGAGAGCAUGGACGUGGAUGAAACAAAGACGUAUACGACGGAUUUGUUAAUACAACCAAAUCAAAUAAAUCAUAUCUGUGUUUUGUCCUGA